CGACGAUCAGCUGACCCGUCAAAAUAUUACGCAGCGCGGCGUGUGGUGGUGGUGGUGUUUGUGUUUGUGUGUGUGUACACGUUGAAGUCAUGGCAGCCAAGAUGGAGCUCGCACCCCUCAGACCGUGGGAUGAUUUCUUCCCCGGAGCGGACCGGUUCGCCAAACCGGAGUUCGGAGAUUUGACGAAGUGGAACAACAGAGUGAUCAGUAAUCUUCUGUACUACCAGACGAAUUAUUUCGCCGUGGUUCUGGUCGUUUUCAUUAUUGUAGGGUUCCUGAACCCAUUUGGCAUGUUUCUGGGAGGACUUGUGGUGACGCUGGUCUUCACGGGUUCAGUGUGGGCGGGAGAGAACAAAGCCGUGGUCAAGAACUUUAAAAAGAAGAACCCCACUCUGUUUGUCCUCGGCAUCAUGGUCACGAGUUACUUUCUCCUGUCACUGUGUGGUGGCGUCAUGGUCUUCAUUUUUGGAAUCACCUUCCCUUUGCUGUUAAUUCUGAUCCAUGCCUCGCUGAGACUGCGCAACAUGAAGAACAGACUGGAGAACAAGAUUGAGGGUGUCGGGCUGAAGAAAACCCCCAUGGGCAUCAUCAUGGACCUCCUGGAUCAGCAGGAGGAGAGAAUGAACAAGAUUCAGGAUUUUAUUGAGAGCAAACUGAAGGAAUAAGGAGCCAGCCAAAGGUGUGCUAAGGGAAAUGUCAUAGAUUACGGAUUUCAAUUUCCACGUCAAAUUUGUAUCCCAAGUGUCAAAUUUGUAAAGUUACUGAUGUUAGCAUUCCCAUCUUUUUUAUCCAUUUCGGUUUACCUGAUCAGCCUCUACUUUUGUGUUAGUUUCCACUGUCUGAAUAUGGAUAAUAACACCAUUUCAUGUUUUGCACAAUCACAGUGUGGAUAGGAUGUAGAAAGUCAAAGGGCACCCACGUUUACCAAAGGCUUGAGCAUUCCUGCGUCAAAAAAAAAAAAAGAUCAACAACCAUUGAUAUACCUAGUCAACAAUGCACUUUGAUCCACAUCUCAGCAGUCUAUGUAUCUUACCAAAUUGAAAGUAGAAUGCUUGAACACAAUAUCAAACGCAGUUAUGAGAUACCAAUAGUAUUGUUCUGAUAAAAGUAUAAGAUCCUUUUAGUUUGCUACCUCAAAACAAGCAUGCUUGAUUUUGUUUUCCCUGAAUAAAACCACAUUAACAUAUCUGACUGUAACACCCAGUGAACUGCUUAUUAAACAGCAAUAACUCCCAUCGUGUCACUCCAGGAGCUGUAGGAAAACUGAUCCGUGGUCAGUUUGUGUUUUGCAGAGACACUGGCUGUUACUUGACUAAUAUUACUGGAACUUAAAUGUUCCUUGUUCUCAAGAGAUUUACAGCUCCUGACCAUAAAGGCUGGCCUGAGUGUAUCCCUUCUGAUCACAGCUAUGCAAUAUUGAAAAAUGAAUGGCAAGUGAAGCUUUACUGUUGAAAAGUUGUGUCAUGGCAUAUAUAUAUAUAUAUAUGCUUGUUGUUGUUUUUGACGUGUUUUUUCUUUAUAAAAAAUAUAUAGCAUGCAGAUAUGUAUAAAACAUCUGCACCACACAACGGACGUCAUUUUGGCAAUGCGACAAAAAAUAAUAAAUUGAUUAACUUUAA